AUGUGGGUGUGGACACUUGCACAGAUGACUACACAAAUAAUGGAGGGGAAGCUACACUAGUUUGCCUCUUACAAGUUAGAAAAAUAGUUGAAAAUCGCGUCGUAGAUUCAGGUUUCCUCCCUGGUUACAGGUUGUAGCUGGGAUGCUGUGUCAGGAUGGGAAACCUGUUUGGAAAAAAGAAACAGAGCCGAGUGACAGAACAAGACAAAGCGGUUUUGCAACUGAAACAGCAAAGAGAUAAGCUGAGGCAGUAUCAGAAGAGGAUCAACCUGCAGCUGGAGAAGGAGAGACUUUUGGCCAAACAGCUGCUGAAAAAUGGCAAAAAAGAAAAAGCGCUGCUCUUGCUGAAAAAGAAGCGCUACCAGGACCAACUUCUGGACAAGACGGAGAACCAGAUAAGCAACCUGGAGCGCAUGGUUCAAGACCUGGAGUUUGCGCAGAUUGAAAGCAAAGUCAUCAACGGGCUGAAGGUUGGAAAUGAAUGUCUGAAAAAGAUGCACGAGGUGAUGUCUGUUGAAGAAGUAGAGCGGAUUAUGGAUGAAACCCAAGAUGCCAUCGAGUACCAAAGGCAAAUAGACGAGAUGCUGGCCGGCUCUUUAUCACAAGAGGAUGAAGACGCUGUUCUGGCUGAGCUGGAGGCCAUUACUCAGGGAGACGUCCAGCUUCCUGAGGUUCCCUCGGACGAGCUGCCGGAGGUCCCAGAGGCCACGGAGGAGGAAGCAGGGAGGGAACGUCCCAGAAAGAAAGCAGAGCGCGAGCUGCUCGCUGCGUAGGAAAGUGACUGACCUCCCUCAGCCCACCUGCUCGCCGCCGGUCGCUCCUUCUCUACAACACUCACCUACAUUAAACCGACAAACCACACAAACAUUUUGCUGGAGACCUCUCUGCUUCCGAGGUCUGUGAUGAAGUGACAGCAGAUACCGAGCUUCCUCCGUCUCGUCCGGUCACUGUUUGUCCUGGUGUGCUGACACGUGAAGACGGUCAGGACUGGAGCAGCCUGGAGAACUGCUGAGCUGAACCAUGAAGACCUGUGAGAUUAGAUAACUGUGCCUAACCUUUGUUUGAUUAUUGCUCUUUCUCUGUAUUUACCACCUAAUCAUUUUACAUACAUUGACUUUAAUGCAUGUAUGUGCUACUCAUUUGAAUUCAUCAAAUGGUCUCUCUGGGUCGGGUUUGCAAUUUAUACUCUAUAAACGGUCAGUUCUCCCAAAUGAGGAAAAAAGUUUGUUUUGAAAAUUUGAAAAUUACAUUUUAAAAAUCAUUCCUGCGACGUCUCUUUCCAGAAACAAUGUCCCUGUUAAUCGAAAUAAUCCACAAACAGUGCACACGUCAACAUUUUUCAUUGGGACUACUUUUUACUGAAGAAAUCCUCUGAGAACAUUGUAAGACCUUUAAAAUCUGACUGAAUUGAAGAAGCUUGGAGAGGUGAACAGAUCUUUGGUUGAUGUUUUUCUUGUCAUUUGGGUGAACUGACCCUUUAAGAGCCGGAAGGAUGAAAACACCAUGUGCUCUGUAAGGUCCGGCGUUAUGUUCCCACAGCACCGACCUCGUCCGCCUGAGCGGCCCAGCUGGAGAGCUCUGCCCUCGCACGAGUUAUGUGACCCACCCUCAAAAGUUUUUCUAAAGCGCUGAAAUAUUUGCAUAAGCAUCUGUUUCACAGAAUAUUCUCCGAGUCUGACCCCUUUUCAAGCAGCUUAACUAAUCUAAUUUUGUGCUCCCCUUGUGGAUUAGCUGAGUGUCAAUGGAGAAAGGGCUAAUCAUAUCGUCUGUGGGUUUACCUCUGCAGCCCAGACAACAGUUGUUAAUCUCUUCAAGGUAAUAAUUUGACAUAACCUGGAUCUUUACCCACAGAGUAUUAUCAGCGCAGGGGCCUGUAAUUAUUUUACUGUGCAUAUCACGCUCAGAUUCGCUUGUAUAGAUCCGUGUUACGCUGCAGCAGGAAAGAUGGCCUACAUUCAGAAGCCUAAGCUUGUGUAUCUUUGAAGAUCCAUCGAACUAAUCUGUGAAUCAGUUAAUCUCGCAGAGAGAAAACACUGAUGACUAAUACUGUCAGGCUGCAGACGUCACCGCAUCAGAACCGCAUCCAGCUCCUCGUCUUAAAAAAAAUUGCUUUGGAAAUUGUUCUUCUCUCUGCUCAUCCUUUUUACAAUAAACAGUUUUUUUUUAUUGUCA